UUACAAGCGUUCCUUGGAAGGACACGGUGUUUUCAAGAAGUUUUUGCCGAUAUAUUCUGACCUAAUGUACCAAUCCUAAGUGCUUAGUAACUGUGAAGUGUUUCCACGUGAUAUUUUCCCUUCUCUGUUAUAAUAUAUCGCCGGUUUCGUUAUUCUUUCUUUGUUCCUCGGCUUGACGUCAGCCCUGCAGCGAGUGAGAGACGUUGCCUGACAGCCAGUUUAUUUUAAAAUUGUAAAAAUGUCAAAUUCUGGAACUCCCAAUGGUAUCGGCAGCAAUUGCGGCAUUUUGGGUACCCGCGAUGGAACACGUGUUGUACUCAGAGAAAUUACAGCGACCCUACAAAAUUCGCCACCAACGCAGCCUGGACAUCGCAAGGCGGCAAGCAACACACAAACGGGAAAAACAGAACACGAAGUAAAAGUACAGUUCACACGUGAAUUUGUGGAUGCGGGGGCUCCAACUUCCAGGCCCGAGAGCCUGUCUUCAGAGUGCAGUUUUCAAAGUGUAACAAGUACACCAAGUACUAAGAGUUGGAAUCAUUUGCGACCCAUAACCCCUCAGAGGGCAGCAGACACUUCGUAUGGAAACACGGACAUUCCUGGACUGGACGACUUGAUAUCAGGCUGGGGAAAUAUUCACCUAAACGAAACAACUGAUACCCAAGAAACCAAACCACUGGAAACUUCUCUAAGGCUCGAUCCCAAGCUUGAUUCUUCAAGUGCUGAACCAGUAGAGGAUUCAGAGGAUAAGCAAACGAGUUACAACUCAAUUGAAAUUCACAUUGAAGAUACGCCAGACAUUCCACAAUCCUCUGCAAAUAAUCCUGCAUUAAAUGAAACCAGAGAUUUGUCGUCGAAGUCUGACUCUGAGAAUAUAAUAAUUUUUAAUAAAACUACAGAAUUACCAGCAGCUGCAGAGGAAUGUCAAAAUAAUUCGCUUCAAACACAGGAUUCUUCAUUGACAUCAAAUUCGCAUAAUAAUUCACGUGGGAAUUCACAUCUGUUAAAUGAGACUGUCGAAUUGGUAGCAGACUGUAACUCGACUUUCAACAAGUCUGACUCAAGUAAAUCGGAGGUGUUGAAUGAUACUAACUGUAUCUCAAAUAAUCAAAACGAUGCAUCGACAAAUUGCAAUUCAUCGAACAUAGCCGAGACCAGUGAAAAUCCAUCAACCGAGUUAUCCGCAACCUUGAGAAUUGAAAAUGUGUCAUCAUUGAAUGAUCCCUUAAAUUUACCUCCAGAGUCAACGCUUUGUACAAACCAGAAUACAUCUAGUUCAAAUGAACCGACUCUAUGUGCAUCAAACAGUAUCGUAAUUGAACCUUGCACUGUUGAAGAACCACUGACUAAAGAACCUGAUUUGGUAAUUGAAAAACCUAUUGAACCAGAAACUCUGGAAGAUUUUAAGGAGGAAGAACACAAUCCGAAAAAUCCACAAUUGAAUACAGUAACUGAAAGACCUGUCGAACCAGAAACUGUGAACAGUUUGAAGGAGGAAGACCAUAAUGUGAAAGACUCACAAUUGGUUCCAGAACGAAUUACGCCUGAUUCUUCUACAGAUCAUUUUGCAGAGGCAUUGUCAGGAAAUACAAGUCAGUUUGAGGUAGAAAGCCUAUCUAUCGUUAUUCCAAACUCAUAUCCAGACAUAAGUGCGGAAACUUUCAACGAGUGCAUAGCUCAGGAACAAGCUCUACAAAUUUCUGAUAACCAGAGUUUAUUGACUCCAUUGAGUAUCCCUGAAGAGAAUUUGGAAAACACAGAGCCAGCUGAAGAGUUACCAGAAGUUCAAAAGUCAGUAUAUCCUGAAACUCAAAACUCAAUUCAAUCUGAAGUAGAAUCCGAGCAGUCAAAACAGGUGGUACUUGAAAAUUCAGUAGAACAGUUAUCACAAAGUCUACAACAAGCUGAGGAUCUAGAAACCGUUUCACAAGUUACAGAAAACAAGGUGCCAUGUGUUCAACAGAAUACAUCUACUAAUUUGGAAGAUUUGAAAGAAUCUAAGUUAGAAGAAUUACCUCAAGUGGACGUUAAUGUCACACCAUUUCCAGAAAGUAAUUUAGACACUCAACCGAUAUCUUCAUUGAGUGCAGAAAGUUAUCAGGACGCAGGUAAUUCAGUUGAGGAAGAUUUGAAUCAAACAUCUACCCUCAGGGAGGAAUCUUUUCACAGUAUUAGCUCUGAGAUUACUAGUGACCCUUAUGAGGCUUUUAAACCUGUACAACAAAGUACCAGUCUACAAAUAAUAAUACCAGAGUACAAUUUUGAGAAAUUGGAACUGGCUGCUCAAGCUAUUGCUGAAGAAAUUCGUAACAAGUCAUCGGAGUUGACUGAAGACACUGAUCACUUUUUCAACGCUCAAUCAGAGUUAUUCUUUGAUCCAGCAUCGUUUGAUUUCUUGCUCGCAAGAAAUAAUAGUAAAAAUACCGUUCGUGAUUUGCGCGCCGAGUCACUUUAUGUGAAAUUUGACCCUUUGGUUGGUAACAACACUAUGCUACCACAGGGGCCUCUGCAGGUAGUUGACGGCGAAGAAAAUGCCAAAAACAAUAUUUCACAGCCAACACUUGGCACCCCAAAACGAAAUCCUGCUUUGGCAGCCAUUGACAGACUGUUGCUUUACAGUCCAGCACCUGGUACACCUAAAAAAAUUGAAGAACCACCUAAAAUUGAAGAGAAGAUAGUCGAAGAAGUGAAACCCGUGGUUACACCAAUAGUUGAUGAGACUAUGACCAAAGAAUUAGAGUUGGUUAGGUCAACGGUAUUACAGCUUGAUUCACAGCUUGAGAAAGAAAGAAAAGAACGAGAAAAAGAAAGACAGGAACACGAAUUAGAACUGGAAAAGCAGCGGUCGAAAUAUGAGAAUCUUGAAAAGGAAAUGGUGCAUGAAAUGCAAAAGAAGAAAGAGAUGACGAUGGUAAUGGAUGAAUAUGAAAAAUCAUUGAGUCGACAAAUGGCAGAUCGGGAAAGAGAAAGAGCGAUUUUUGCGCAGGAAAAAGCGAAGCUGCAGGAUGAUUUACAGGCUGCUAAUCAUCAUUUGGGUAACACGGAAGCAGCUUUUAACGACGUCCACUUGAAAUACGAACGACUGAAAAGUGUAACUUCUGCAUAUAAAAGUAACGAGGAUGUUCUCAAAGAGAGCAUACAAGAAAAUGUUAAAACAAUCAAAACGCUUGAGGACAGAUAUGACCAGCUUAAGAAUCACGCAAUGUCACAGCUUGAAAAGGCAAAUUUAGAACUGGAAGCGAUCCGAAAGCAACAUGAAACAGAAACAGUAAGAUUACAGGCAAUGAUAAGGAAGGCCGAAUUGAAAAGUAAUUCUUUAGCGGAAAUGGUUGAGCAGAAGUCAAAGGAGAAUAAGGAACUUUCAUCGAUACUUGAUGAAUUCAUUGCCAGGGUUGGUCAAAAUCCCGAGUGAAUAUUUAUAUCAGUCAUUAUUUUUUUACUUGAUACGUUCAUAAUAUACGAUAACAUAAUUACUGAUUAUAUGCCGUUGUGUUUAUGAAUAGUACUCUUUAUUGAUCUUUAUUUAUAGACUGUAAAAUAAAUGAUAUCCUAAUAAAAUAGGCCUACUUAUUCAAAUCUUCUCAAUUAUCAUCAAAUCAUUGUCACUGUAAUUGGACACAUCACUAAAGCCUAUCCUGAAAGGAUUCUUGCUCUCAAUAAGUUAAAUUUUACCUAAUUCUAUUUAUCUUUUCCUUCCCUCAUAAAUGUCAAAGUCGCCGGUAGUUGUAAAACUAUACCAACGAAAUUUAUGGUAUCCUAAAUUUACCUAAACCUUAAGUAGGUUAAAUAUUUCGAAUCGAGUUCAACAUUUCGCCGAGUAUACAUACAUCACAAUUAUGGCAUACUAGAGGCCGGUUUGGUAAUUAUUUCCUGUUAGCUAGAUGUGAUCCGGACAGGUAUUUUAAAACAGAAUAGUGCGCGUACAAUAAUUUCGAACUACUCAGGCUGGAAUUGUUGAACACAGAUGUGGUAAUAUUUCAAUAGGAUUAUUAUUUUCGGUUAUUAAACUUGCAUUUUCAUAUAUUAGUUGAAAAAAUAUACUUUAGAUCUCAAUUCAACGAUAACAAUGUUUAUAAACAAGCAGUUCAGAUGUCGUGCUUUCAUAUCAAAUUGAAAUAAUGUUUCUUUGCAUGUAAAUGUGUCCUAAUGUUUUUAUCAAUAGAUUUAAUUGAAGUUAUUAAAUAAAAUAAUUAGAAAUAAUAUUUCAGUCGGGGCAAAAGGCCUUAUUACGAGAAUAAAGGGAUUUUUAUGAAAUAGGUUUACUAAUUCAAUUUGUUGAUCUAUUACAAACUAAAUAAUUAUUUAAAUAAUAAUUUAUAAAAAUAACUCUGUAACAAAUCGAGUGCUCAUUUUACAAAUAAAUAGGAUAGUUGACUGAUAAUUUUAUAUUGGCGAAAUAAAUGAAUCAUACUGCUGAAGUCUCGAACCGGCAAAACCAUGUGUGUCAAACUACUAGUGUCUGGCAACAGAAUAGAAACUUGCCACGAUAUUUACACUUCAUUCUGAUUUGAAUCAUUUUAUAUCACCGCGAGUGUAUGAUAUUGAUAUGUUUGUUGAUGAAGAUAUCGAAUUUGUAUCUCAUUAUUUUUAGAAGUUAUUAAUACCUCUUAGAAUUCGGAUAAUUCAUCAGGGUAUUCAAGUAAUUCACUUUGCAACAAAGCACGCGACAAUCACGCAGAGAUAUCCAUAUCGUAAUAA